AUGAUUCAUAAAUAUUUCACGCUUCCAUCGUUAACUGGAAGUUAUAUUCUUUCAAAUAUAAAUGAAUCAUUUAUUACUGAAACGGUUGGUAAUUCAACAGAUAAAGAAUGUCCUGAUGGAAUAAAAUGGAUUCAAAAUGUAUUUGGUGAUUGUGUUGAUUCACCAUGGAAAUUUAUAGGUUUUGUUAUUGGAUUUGUUUCACUAUUACUUUGGCUUUUACCAUUAAUACCACAACUUUAUCAUAAUUAUAAACAAAAACGGUGUAAUGGUCUUUCUAUAUAUUUUCUAGUAUUUUGGUUUAUCGGUGAUUCAUGUAAUCUUUUUGGAUCAAUAUUAACUAAUCAACAACCUUUACAAAAAAUUAUUGCUUUGUAUUAUAUAUGUCAAGAUUGUAUAUUGCUUCUUCAAUACAUUUAUUAUGAACAUUUAUAUUCAACUAUUAAUGGUAUAGGACGUGGAUUUAAUCAAGUAGAUGGUGUUGAAGAACAACCAUUAGUCAUACCAGCUUUGUUUAUGGGAAUAUCUAGUGCAUCAUUACUUACUGGAAAUAGAAUAACUAAUUAUAAAUAUUAUAAUACAACUGAUAUGAUUGGAGAUGAGCAUGCAUUUAUUGGAAAAUUUAUAUUAGAGCAUGCUGAAGGAAUAGGAUUUGUAAUAGGAACAAUUGGUGCACUUUGUUAUUUGGCAGGUCGAAUUCCACAAGUUAUAAAAAAUAAUGAAAGACAAUCAUGUGAAGGUCUUUCAAUUCAUAUGUUUUAUAUUAUUGUCGCUGGUAAUUUGACUUAUGGUUUAUCUGUUCUUUUUGAAGCCACAGGUUGGAUGUAUUUGUUAAGACAUUUACCUUGGUUGAUUGGAUCACUAGGUUGUUGUAUAUGUGAUGCAUAUGUCAUUAACCAAUAUUAUUAUUUUGAAAAAAUGAAUCGCCAAGAAGAUACGCAAACAAUAAAUGAAACAGUUGAUGCUUAA